AACCCAACUUUUGCAACUCCACAGGUGUUAACAAAGUGUUCUAAUAAUAAACAAUUAUGACUUAAUUGUGGUAUAAAGUGACCAGUUUUGUUAAAUUUAACUUAAGUGAGAUAAAAAAUGCAACUGACAUUGUGUUGGCAAGUUGAGUAGUCCAAAAUGAGUAAGCAAAAAGACCUCCGGUUUUUGGUGUAUUUGGCCAAAAUUGCCUACCCAAGACACAAUUCGUACUGUUUUAUCAUCUACAUGAUUGUAAACUACUGUGAUAUUUUGAAGCAACAGCAAAUAUUUACGUUGCGAGGUGUUAGUAGCGAAUUUUUGAACAACUUUGUUGGUGGGACUGUUUUGGACAUUGAUAACACGAUAGUUGCGAAUGAUAACGUUGAACAAACUUGUAUUAAAUACGUUGUCGUUAAAGACACCACGAGGAAGGUUAAUUUAAUUACGAAAAAAUUUGACACCAAAUUUGUAGCGUUGUUGAGUUACAAUUUGUUGUAUAACUUGAAGGGGGCUAUAACUUGCAGUUUUAAGAACUGUCAGGGAAACCUCCAAUUUGCCGAUGAAGUCGAGUUGUCUUUGGUCAAUUCGGCUUGUGAGUGGAGCCAUUUUGCAGUUGACUGUUGUUUAAAAAAUUUCUUUGAUGUUCCAAAAUUAUUACAUCAUGGAGAUUUGAUAAGUAUAAGUUUGAAAGAAUAUGGAAAAGAAGUUUUUUACCAAACAAAUAAAAUUGCAAACAUCGAUCAGACGUUACACUUUAAAUGUAAUAAAAUAUUUUAUUCGGGGGCCAACGUGGACGGUGGUUAUUUGUGUUCGAAGAAAACUACCGUAAAACAAGCCACAAAUAUUCAAAGUUUUGUUCCAAAUUUAGAAAAUUCACUACCAAGUGCCUUAGACACGUAUUUGGCGGACUUACGGAGAGCUGUUUUUCCGUUUAUGAAGCAAAAGAAAAAUAAAUUUUUGCCGGUUUUUCUACUCGAAGGGCGCAGAGGUAGUGGCAAAAGUUUGUUGGUUAAAUGUUUGGCUUCCACGCAAGGGAUGCAUUUGUACACAAUCAGUAAUUUUGACGUUACUGCGACCACUUACGCCCAAAAUGAGACGAAAUUGCGAAAUAGUUUUUUUGCUGCGAAAAUGGCCGCCCCCUCCAUCUUGCAAAUAAAGAAUUUUGAGAAUUUUGGGAAAAAUAACGAAGGACAAUAUGACGAACGUCUGAUUAGUUAUUUUACAACUGAAGUCAAAACUCUCUUCGAAAGCAAUUCAUUUCCGUUGAUUCUAAUCUGCUGUAGCAGCGAUAAAAAUAUUCCGAUCGAACUCAAACGAACUUUUCUGAAAACUUUCGAAAUAAAAGCACCAAACGACCAAGAAAGAGAAAAAAUAUUAAACUGGAUUUUAAAAAGCCAAGAUGUAACGACUGAUAUUGACAUGAGCGAGAUUGCCAACAAAACGCACGGUUUUUUGUUCGAGGACUUGCAAACCUUGGUUCAUUAUGCUAUGACAGAUUUCACUAACGAAAAAAAAUCAGCGGAGAGAUGUGUUGUGUCUCAGGAUUAUUUUUUCCGGGCUUUGGACUUGAUGCAAUCGAAUUAUAGCGAGAGUUUGGGGGCGCCAAGAGUGCCUCAAGUCAAGUGGUCAGACGUUGGCGGUUUAACCGAAGUGAAGGAAGAAAUAAUUAAAACGAUAAAAUUGCCGCUGAAACACUCCGAGCUUUUGAAAACGACCGGAUUGAAGCGAUCCGGGAUUUUGCUUUACGGCCCUCCGGGCACCGGAAAAACUCUAAUCGCCAAAGCGGUCGCCACCGAAUGCGGUUUAUGUUUUUUGUCAGUCAAAGGCCCCGAAUUGUUGAAUAUGUAUGUGGGCCAGUCGGAGCAAAACGUGCGCGAGGUGUUUGAGAAGGCGCGUGACGCCUCCCCGUGCAUAAUUUUUUUCGACGAACUGGACUCUCUGGCCCCCAAUCGGGGCGCUUCCGGUGAUUCCGGCGGCGUGAUGGACAGGGUGGUUUCGCAGCUUUUGGCGGAAAUGGACGGUUUGAAUCAAACCGGCACUGUUUUUAUCAUAGGAGCAACAAAUAGGCCAGACUUGAUCGAUCCGGCACUUCUAAGACCGGGAAGAUUUGAUAAGUUGCUUUAUGUGGGACCGUGCAUCGAUCGCGAUUCGAAAAUUGCCGUUCUGACUGCCUUAACACGAAAGUUUACGCUGGAAAAUGACAGUUUGAUAGCGGAAGCGGUUGAUUUGUGCCCGGAAAAUUUCAGUGGCGCCGAUUUUUAUGGCGUUUGCUCGAGUGCAUGGAUGGCUGCAGUAAGGCGAUUUGUGAAGACUUUGGAGGAAGGGAAAAAUGACAGAAAUAGCGCCACAGCAAGCGACGUAAUCGUGACUCUCGACGACUUUAAGCUCGCUAUCAAGACCAUCAAGCCAUCAAUUAGGCAAGAAGACUUGGAAUACUAUAAUAAACUGAAGUCCGAUUUUAAAUAAAAAUUGUGUCACAACCUUGGCCGCACAUUGUGCACACAGUAAAUAGAAAAUAAAAGUGCAAACAGCAAAGGUCACGGCUGGUGGUUGGAGCAGUUUGUUCUACAAUCAAUUAAUUGUUGGUUUUUAUGUAAAAAAUGGAAUGUGUCUGGGUUAAUAAAUGAUGAGUUGGUA